AUGGUCAUUUCCGUGUUCCCGGAGCAUCAGAGCUUGACCGCGCAGGUCCCAUUGCUUCCCCUUGCGCCGAGUUCCGCGCGCGGGGGCCACCGUGGCGCGGGAUGCGGCGGCCGGGGGCGCGGGCGUUCCUUGGUCCGGAAGCCGGGUGUAGCGGCACGCCGGGCAGCGGCCAUUGCGGCUGGGCCCAACAAAAGCGUGGGUGUUGACUCAGAUGCAUCUCCAGAGUUGGUGUCUGACUCCGGAGAAGAGCUCGAAGGAUCCAAAGUCCACACAGUGCCCGUGAUGAGACACGGAGAAAAAUCAGUGUCCCAUGAGCGGAGAAGGUCGAUUCCGUGCCAUUGCUUCCCAAAGUUUUGGGCAUCAGCAGGGUAG